AGAUUGUUAGGCUCUGUGGUGUUCAUCCACCGCCAAGAGCUAAUCACCACUCUGUACAUCGGCUUCCUUGGACUGAUUUUCUCGUCAUAUUUUGUCUACCUGGCCGAAAAGGACCAUGUCGCACCAGAUGGACGGCAAGCUUUUACCAGCUAUGCGGACGCCUUGUGGUGGGGAGUGAUCACAAUGACCACCAUAGGCUAUGGCGAUGUGGUCCCACAGACGUGGCUAGGCCGGAUCGUCGCUUCUUGCUUUUCGAUCUUUGCUAUCAGCUUUUUCGCUUUACCGGCGGGUAUCCUCGGCUCGGGAUUCGCGCUGAAGGUGCAACAAAAGCAACGCCAGAAACACUUCAAUCGUCAGAUUCCUGCUGCUGCCACGCUGAUUCAGUGCUUGUGGAGAUGUCAUGCGGCCGACAAGAACAUCGCUGCCACCUGGUUUCUGGAGCCCAUUCCUUUUAUGGCUUUUCAGCCACUUAACGCUCGAUUAUCAAGCUUGCUGAACAGCUCAAAGAAAAGCCGCCCCAGCGCUGCAAGCGUAGACUUGGAAAUGGGCGAAAGAAAAAAGGACAAGGACAGAAACAGCGACGUGGAGGACGAUCGCGUAUUCGGCACAGCCUCGGAAACGCGGUUGGAUGCACUCGAGCAGGAGGAGAAUGAUGAUAAUCCGAUGCCAGUGAGAAUCGCACAUAUUUGCGAUUUGACUAAGCAAUACAAAGAUGCCAUUCGAGCCAUUCGGAAAAUCAAAUAUUUCGUAGCCAGAAGGCGAUUU